AAACAACAAGCAACAACAAUAAUGUCACGUCUCUUGAUGUCCUUGACGUGGAGAAGAUUGAGAUGGACUAGAUUUAUACUUUACUUCCUUGGUCUGGCUCUUGUCUACCAUUUUGGUGUGACACUAUGGAACUCACAAGAAGAUCAACAACAACAACAACAACAACAAUCGUCAUCAUCCUUUUUGUCAUCACCAAAUACUACACCUGGUCAAAAGAACGAAAAAGGGUCCGGACGACUUGACUUUCCUUGGUACACGCAGUCGCACCCGGCCUUAGAUAUCCCUCAUAUCUCAGACAAGUUCACCACCAAAGAUCUCUCGAGCACCGAGCGCCAGCAACUCCAGGACAAGGCCGUGGCAGAUGCCAGGGCGUCAAUGGUCGAACGGGUCGGAGAGAUAGUCGGAAUCCCUGGUAGCCGGAUGACAACUACAGAAAAGGCGGACAGGCUCAGAGCCUUGGUUGAAUGCUGGACAGGACAGGGCGAGUGGGUCAAGGAUGCAGAAAAUGCCUUUAGACUGACACACAUGCAAGAUCCGGUCUAUGGCAAGUGCGACAAGAAGUUUUACAAGACCAAUCCGAAAUCAAGCCAUCGACCGGCAACAGAGUACUCCUGGAAGACCAGUCUUACUUCUUCUUCUUCUUCUUCUUCUUCUUUGUCGUGUCCACUGCCAGAAAAGGUGGAUGUACAAAAGUGGUGCGAGGUUCUUAAUGGAAGGCAUCUUUUGCUUGUCGGAGAUCUUGUUCAGUACCAGCUCCAUGAAAUUCUCCUUGAUGCAAUGCGCGAUGGACCGACUGUAUGCUUUGGUGAAUUGAACUGCAAAGAACACAGUAUCUGUACUGAGCCAGAGACUCACUUGCGUUAUCUUCGCAAUGAUAUCCUGUCGAUUAACCGUCGACUGGAUAGUGCAGGAGAGCACCCUGCAGUAGAUAUUGUCGAGUGGCCGUUUGUGCCGACGAAUAUCAUUACUGCGUACCCGGUCAUGAUCUUAAAUCGAUCUCCUGUGAGAGAAACCGACGCUGUGUUUACGCGGACCUUGUCAAACACUCUGAGGGUAUUACGUGAGACAGUGCCGGACAUGCUGAUCAUCUACCGGUCGUCGUCUAUUGGUCACCCCCACUGUGACGAUACAACCACAGGCGGUGCAAGUGACAAAGGUGGGCCUCUGGACCAGAGACUGACGGAUGAUCAGGAGAAGCUGCUGCCGUUUGGCUGGAGCGAGCUCCGGAGACGGAAUGCGAUGGCCAAGGCAAUGGUCGAGGCAGUCGGAGGCGUCUAUGUGGAUUUGGGAGCGCUGACGGAUGUCCGGCCUGAUGGACAUGUGGGAGGCCAGGAUUGCUUGAGAUAUUGUAUUCCAGGUCCAUUGGAUGCCUGGGUUCAGAUUCUCUACAAGUUGUUUUUGGAACUCGAAAAUCCGAAUAUCUGAGUCACACAAUUUCCAUGUGAAUAUAUAUAUAUAUAUAUAAAUAAGAUAUAUACAACACUGCAGUACGGUACAGUGCAACAUAGCACACAUGAAAAAUACCAAAUAUUUAUAUCUAUAUAUAAAGAAACAAAGAGAAAGACAGACAGACAGACAGACAGACAGACGGACACAAAGGGACUAUCUAUCUAUAUAAUAUAUAUACACGUCUUUAUACAUACCAUUCCAUACCAUUCCAUACGUACAUAUAAACAUACAAACAUGGAUAUAAAAAAAAAGGUUUUUAAGGGGGUGGUCAAUGUAUUUUUAUAAGAAGAAGCAGAAAACAUGAUGAAAAUCAAUGCUUCUAAUAAUAAUAAAGGCUGUUUAUUUAUUUAUCUACUGU